UUAGUUCGGUGUGAUAUUUUUUUUGGUGGUGUAAUUUUUUUAUAUCGGUAAAAAUGGUGAACAAAAUGUAUAAAAUCAGUUCUGCGAAAGAAGAAAAAGUUGGGAGCAAACACAAUCAGAUUCUUAUGUCCAUUGUCGUAUGUAUGCCAAUCCUGGCGUACGGGACAGCAAUGGGGUGGAUAUCCCCCAACAAGGCUCUGCUGAUGGGGGACUACUCCCCCUCCAGCUCACCUCUCUCUGAAGAGGAUGUUUCCUGGAUGGCAUCCAUUAUGUUCAUCUUUGCACCAAUCGCUGUGUUUGUGUAUGGCGUGGCGGCUGACAAGUUUGGCAGGAAGAAUGCUUUACUUUGUGCUUCUAUACCUAUUUCUAUCGGGUGGGCAGUGAAAUUGAUGUGUGCGCAUCCAAUCGCAUUGAUUGGUGCCCGCGCACUCAUUGGCUUCGGUUCCGGUGGAGGGUUCGUGGUGUGUCCUCUAUAUGUCAAGGAGAUCAGUGAGGACAGUAUAAGAGGAAUGACGGGGACCUUCGUUAUAUUCUCACAGACUGCUGGUAACCUUCUGGUCUUCAUCCUAGGAGACCUGUUACCUUUCAACACGGUGCUCUGGAUCCUGCUGGCUAUACCUCUCAUUCAUUUCUGCAUACUGCUGCGGUUGCCGGAGACACCAUCGUACUUGGUCAAAUGCGGGAGAAAUGAGGAAACAGCGAAGGUAUUGGCAUGGCUUCGAUCUCUACCUGUGGACGACAAGUCCAUCUCAGAAGAAGUGGAUAGACUCAUCAUUGAACAGACUACCAGUGAAUUAAAGUUCUCACCUAGACUAUUGUUUUCCGAUAAAACCGCAGUGAAGGCGUUCUGGGUUGCUUUAAUAGUGAACCUCACUCGAGAGUUUUGUGGUUGCAUAGCUGUCCUGGUCUACGCGAGCCACAUCUUCGCUGAAGCUGGCAAAGACCCAAGCACAAGCAUAGCGUUAUCACCAAAUAAGCAAUCAAUUCUGCUCGCUGUUGUCCAAAUCAUUGGGUCGUUUUUGGCCUGUCAGCUUGUUGACAGAGCUGGACGAAAGCCUCUCCUAGCAGUAACAAGCGCAGUAGCUGGGUUCAGCAUGUGUCUACUAGGAGUCUGGUUCUACCUUCAAAGCAUAGACGUGGCUUUGCCCGGCUGGGUUCCAAUCGUCGCGUUAUGUGUGUGCAUAUUCUCCGACGCCUCCGGUCUACAACCCCUACCGUUUGUCAUCAUGACUGAGAUGUUUAACUUCCAGCUCCGAGGCACAGUAGCAACCCUCAUCAUGGCAAUAUCCUUAGGCACAGACUUCGCUCUACUCAAACUCUUCGCUCCACUUAACGUCUGGAUUGGAUACCAUUCAACAUUCUGGAUGUUCAGCUUCAUCUGCCUGUCAAACGUAUUCUACCUCAUCUUCUGCGUUCCAGAAACCAAAAUGAGAAGUUUAGAAGACAUUUACGCUGACCUAGAGGGGAGAAAGCGAAGAAAGAAAGAAGAUUGUGUAGUUGAAACGAAUCACGUGUGAAUUAUGGUUCCUAGACUCUUGUGUUCCCGCGUAAAAAAUGGCGCGAUUUUGUUUGUUUUCAAAAUGGCCGCUGAUUAACUUAAUUAUUGUCUAUGAUAAUAUAUGACUUUUUAAAGGACAGAAAGGUAGCUAUUUGUUAGAAAUAUGUUAGUUUUAAGACUAGUAGUGGUAGGUUAUUCUAGUAUCUUAAUUUUGUAGUUAAAGCCAUGAAAGACAACUUAUGUCGCAAUGCUGAAACGCCACUCAAUUUUAAGUCGCGCUCGAGUACAGUUACACUACAAACUCUUUGUAAAAUGACAGAGGGCACGAUAUUUCAGUACAACGUAACACUGAGUAGCCUUUCAGUAUUCCGGCGUUAAAGUAAUAGUUUGAACACGAAAAAUAGAAAUUGAUAGUAGAUAUUUUAUACAUAGCAUCAUUGUCCAUUGUAAAUAAAAAUAAGAGAAAAAUCGUAGAGAUUCAGUAUUAAAUAUGUUGGUUUAGAUAUCUCGAUUUUGAAAGAAUCUCUGUUCAAACGAUCAAUUCUAUAUCAUUCCAUGUUGCCAUAUAAAAUAAUAGCUAUAACAACAAUUAAGAAUACUGGUCACAUUGUCUAUUUCUAGUCACCGGUAUUUUAUACAUGCUCAAACCCAAGUGUAGUGUUGUUAUAAUUUUGGCUAUAAUUUUCAUUUUUUACAAACUAAAUAGACAAUGUUGCCUGCAGUAAAAUAGUGUACAGAUAAUAAAAUUAAUGCAGAUUAUUUAUAGGAGUUCUAUAGGAUGAAUAGCCAAUUAUUCUAAUUGCUUUAGUUCUAAGUUAGUAAAUAUUUUUGUACAUGUAGGUAUGAUAGGACUAGGAUUUUGUAUAAGAUCUUUUAAUUAAAUCAGUUUUAAGUGUAUGGCAAAGACUGUGCCUGUAAAAUGACAACUUUAAAAUAAUUAAUUGAAAAACCGAUUUUUUUCUGUCUACGUUACAAAAUAGCAUUCGAUAAUAUUAUGAAUAUAACUUAUUUACUUUGAAAAAUAAUAUUACAUGUAAAACGUAGAUAAGUUAUAUUUUCUUUUAAAUCUACUGGUAAAGGUAGUUACAGAAUAAUAUCGGUUUAAU